CACAUCCUCAUAGUUACCACCCCCCACCCACCCCUACAGUCACACAUCCUCAUAGUUACCCCCCCAGACACAGACACACACACACACGCACAUCCUCAUAAUUACCCCAGCACACAUUUAAACACAUAAACACACACACAUACGUACACCCACUCAUUGGAACAGAAGUCACUGGUCUCCCCUGUGUUAUUCGUGUUCAACACAGGUGUGACAGUUUCCAACUCUACACUCUUCUUCACCCCUUCUCCAUUCCCUCUGUUCCUUCCCUCUUUCUUUCCCUCCCUCGUUUUUUUCUUCUUUUGCCGUCGGCGAUGUCGCUGUUUCGCUCGGGCGGGCCCAGCAGGCGGCAGGCAUCUUCGUCCUCCUCCUCCUCCUCCUCGUCGGGCUCCUCUGUGGCACGCGCCUGCCCGCGCCGCAUGUCUGACACCUGCCUGGUGUGGCUCCUGGGCCUGGCGCUGCGUCUUGCGCUCUCCUCGUGCCAGCGGGCCGACCUGAGCGCCGGCCCUGGUGGCGCCAAGCACCCCGUGGUGACCACAGGCUACGGCAAACUUCGCGGCGUGCGCAAGGAGCUCAACAACGAGAUCCUGGGCCCGGUGGAGCAAUACCUGGGCGUACCCUACGCCACGCCACCCGUAGGCGAGCGCCGCUUCCAGCCGCCCGAGGCGCCAGGCUCCUGGCAGGAGGUGCGCAACGCCACGCAGUUCGCGCCCGUCUGCCCGCAGAACAUCCACGGCGUGCUGCCCGAGAUCAUGCUGCCCGUGUGGUUCACCGACAACCUCGACGCGGCGGCCGCCUACGUCCAGAACCAGAGCGAGGACUGCCUCUACCUCAACAUCUACGUGCCCACCGAGGACGGUCCGCUCACAAAAAAACACGAUGAGUCUUCAAUGAACCGGCCGAGGGAUGAAGACAUCCGCGAUCGACGGAAAAAGCCGGUCAUGCUCUUUGUCCACGGUGGCUCAUAUAUGGAGGGCACGGGCAACAUGUUUGACGCCAGUGUCUUGGCUGCUUACGGCAACGUCAUCGUGGUGACCAUGAACUACCGGCUGGGUGUACUGGGUUUCCUCAGCACCGGUGACCAGUCCGCCAAGGGCAACUACGGUCUCCUGGACCAGAUUCAGGCCCUUCGCUGGCUCAACGAGAACAUCGGGCACUUCGGCGGCGACUCGGAGCGCAUCACUGUCUUCGGCUCGGGCGCUGGGGCCUCCUGCGUCAACCUGCUCAUUCUGUCCCACCACUCAGAAGGCUUGUUCCACAGAGCCAUCGCACAGAGUGGCUCAGCCAUCUCCAGCUGGUCGGUCAACUACCGGCCUCUGGCCUACACUGAGGUCCUGGCGCGCAAGGUGGGCUGCAGCCACAGCGACACGGCCGACCUGGUGGAGUGCCUGCGCAGGAAGAGCUUCCGUGAGCUGGUGGACCAGGACAUCCAGCCGGCGCGCUACCACAUCGCCUUCGGGCCCGUGGUGGACGGCGAUGUGGUUCCUGACGACCCGGAGAUUCUCAUGCAGCAGGGCGAGUUCCUCAACUACGACAUUCUCCUGGGAGUGAACCAGGGCGAGGGGCUGAAGUUUGUUGACGACAGCGAGGGGGAAGAUGGCAUCUCCUCAGCCUCCUUCGACUACACCAUCUCCAAUUUUGUGGACAACCUGUAUGGAUACCCAGAUGGUAAAGGCAUCCUGAGAGAGACCAUCAAGUUCAUGUACACGGACUGGGCUGACCGCGACAAUGGCGACAUGCGCCGCAAGACGCUACUGGCGCUCUUCACCGACCACCAGUGGGUGGCGCCGGCCGUGGACACGGCCAAGCUGCACGCCGAGUUCCAGUCGCCCGUCUACUUCUACACCUUCCACCACCACUGCCAGAUGGAGGCGCGGCCCGAGUGGGCCGACGCGGCGCACGGCGACGAGAUCCCGUACGUGUUCGGCGUGCCCAUGGUGGGCGCCACGGACCUGUUCCCCUGCAACUUCUCCAAGAACGAUGUCAUGCUCAGCGCUGUGGUCAUGACCUACUGGACCAACUUCGCUAAGACUGGGGACCCAAACAUCCCAGUCCCGCAGGACACCAAGUUUAUCCACACCAAGCCCAACCGCUUCGAGGAGGUCAUCUGGACCAAGUUCAGCUCCAAGGACAAGCAGUACCUGCACAUCGGCCUCAAGCCCCGCGUGCGCGACAACUACCGCGCCAACAAGGUGGCCUUCUGGCUGGAGCUGGUGCCUCACCUGCACUCACUCCAGGAGGAGUACGUCAACCCGGAUGGCCCCACGGGACCCUACAAGCCGGGGCCCAACAAGGGCCCACCGCAGACCCCUGGCACCAAGCCCACGCGCCAUGUGGCGUCCACUUACCCGCCCGAGCCCGAGGAGGGCUCCGACUGGCCGGUCUUCUCGCCGUUCCCGUCGGACACGCGGGACUACUCGACGGAGCUGAGCGUGACGGUGGCGGUGGGCGCCUCGCUGCUCUUCCUCAACGUGCUGGCCUUCGCCGCGCUCUACUACAAGCGAGACAAGCGCCACGAGCUGCGGCUCACGCGCCGCCACCGCCGGCUCUCGCCCCAGCGCGGCGGCAUCGGGGGGGUGGGCGGCCUGGGCAUGCCGCCCCACAACGACCUGGCGCUCAGCCAGGAGGAGGAGCUGAUGUCCCAGCUGCAGAUGAAGCAGCAGCAGCGGGCCGAGCUGGAGCACGCCACCGUUGCCACGGGCGGCGGCACGCCGCUGCCGCCCUCGCGCGCCGCCGCCAUCCACGGCGACCUGGAGCCGCUGCGGCCGCCCGUCUGCCCGCCGGACUACACGCUGGCGCUGCGGCGGGCGCCCGAGGACGUGCCGCUCAUGACGGCCAACGCCAUCCCGAUGAUGCCCAGCACCGUCAUGCAGCCGCUGCACCCUUUCAACACGUACCCGCCGGCGCCCGCACCCCCCACCUCUCCCCACAGCAACAACGCCCUGCCACACCAGCACUCCACCACCCGCGUAUAGUAGCGCCACUCCUGGGCAAAUACAGGAGGAGGGGGGUAGAAGGGCAAGGAACAACCGUGGGGCAGGUUGGGGAGUUAAAUGUCCCCUUCAAAGCUCAAUAAACUCCUGCAAAUAUAAGCGGAGACCCUCAACACCCCCC